GGACCGCUCGCGGGGUCAAGCUCGCAAGCCCUUCUCUCUUGUUGCCACAGCCCACAGGCCACAGAACUCAAGCAAUAGCCAGACACCGCGCCACCGAGCUCCAAAAUGGCAACCACCACCACCGCAAAUAACACCGCACUGAGCAUGAAGCUGCUGGUGGACACCAAGGCGCAGCGCGUGCUGUUCGCGGAGGCCAGCAAGGACGUGGUCGACUUCCUCUUCUCCCUCCUCUCCCUGCCGGUUGGCACGGCCGUCAAGCUGCUAGGGACAGACUCCAUGGUGGGCUGCGUCGGCCGCCUCUACGCCAGCGUGGAGAAGCUCGACGGCACCUACGUCCAGCUUGGCGCAACCAAGGACGCGCUUCUCCACCCCACCGUCUUCUCGGCGGCGGUCAGCAACAAAAGCUCCCUGUUGGGCUUGCCGCCGCCGCCGUUACCUCAGCCCAAGAACUUCUACAUAUGCUUCAAGCAGUGUAGCUGUUACGACAGCGGAUACAACUGCUGCCAAGGUUAUUCCCGUUGCCGGAACAGUGAGAGCAAUUGCCGUGCCUACAUCACAAACGCUUACGGCACCAGCUGUCCGGCAUGCAAGAACCAUAUGACAACGAAGUUGACGCUCGAGCCGCCGGCCGAGUCCGAAGGCCAGGUAGCGCAGGCGGCGUCUGGCGUGGCUGGCAAAGGGUUCGUGCAGGGCAUCGUGACGUACACGGUGAUGGACGACCUCGCCGUGACGCCCAUGUCGUCCAUCUCCAGCAUCACGCUGCUCAACACUUUCGCCGUCAAGGACCUCGGCGCGCUCCAGGAGAAGACCGUGCGGAUCGGCUACAAAGAGGGUUUGGAGAUUCUGAAGGCGUCCCUGCAGUCCAAGACCGUUCUCACCGACGUCUUCCUUGGGAAGAAGCCCACCAGCAAAGCUUGAACGCCCGGUUCUGCAUCUGACAUAUGAUCUUGGGAAAGUAGGAGCUCGAUCCAUGUAGGGUUAAUUAGAUUGGUUCUUUUGGAUGAAUGUGUUUGCAACGGGUCGUAGCUCGAUCCAUGUAGGUUCAAAGUAUUGGUUUGGUCCUUCCGUGUGGACAAGUGUAAGGGUUAGUAGCUCCAUCCAUCUAGCUCAAAGCCCAGCUUGCGGCAGCAUCUUUUGAUAAUAUCUAGUAUCUGGUAUCGUUUACUAGAAAGCACUGGCCUUAUUGUUAUGUCUAGUAUCAGCUGCCGUUCAUUAGAGGUUGUUGUAGUUGUACUUUCUGCUGAUGCUUGUUGUAUGGAUUACAAUCGCCGCUAGUAUUAUCUUCAGUUCUUGUGGAGAUGUCGCGAGUAGUCUUGUAGAGUGUGUGUGCUGCUGCCUUUCGAGGGUAGUGUGGUGUUGCACUCUCUGGCGGUUGUGCCAGAAGUGUGUUGUACAAUGGCAUUCUGGCCGUUCUUCUAUGAAACUCCAUGAUGUAUCCUUGAAAAAAGUUCUUCA